CUGCCAAAAACGCAUCAAAUACAAAGCCAACAAGCAAAUUUUUUGAUAAAAAUUCGUAAACUUUGCCAAAAAACUUCAAUUUUGAGAUUUUUUAACGAAAGAAAUUACGUGAUACAUCGAAAAAUUGUGUAAAAUUCGCAUUUCUAAAGAUUUCGCCGAACCACCGCUAUGUUAUCAAGAAAACUUAUUGCAUUGUACCUUCGUCCACAAAUUCCAUCUUAUACUUCAUCAAGACUGUUACGAGGAGGUUAUACAUUUGAAUUGAAGAAAUCGACUUCCAAACCAAAACCGUCUGAUGAUGCGAAACGCCGCAGAUUUCAGGCAAUUCAUAAAAGCAAUCCGGGCGCUGGCGGUGCUCUGCAUAUGAUUGAAGAACGCAAAGGUAAACUACAUCCAGAUAUUGACUACGACUACAUCGAAGAUUCUACUAUUGGUUUGGAAAAUUACGACGCCCAAUUUCAAGAAAAAUUACAAUUAUCCGAAAAUGAAUUCGAUCGUUCAUCGUUGAAUAAUAUUAAACGUAAAUACUUUAAAGAACCUAAACUUCCAAAUAUGGUACCGUACUGUGAGAAACAAGAUAUGAAGCGUUUAAAUGAAAGCGAUCCGGAGAACUGGGAUAUUGAAAAAUUAUCUGAAAGCUAUCCCGUUACUCCUGAGAUAGCCAAAAAAAUCCUUCGUUCGCCGUUCACUGCUUAUACAGUUGAGCAAGUGAAAAAACACGAUGAAAUAGUCAAACGUAAUUGGAAACUAUUCAAGGAAGGUAAACUAGAUAUGAGUCCAGAAUUACGCAGCCAUUAUGAGAAGUUUGUCGACAGAGUUUCAUUUGAAACACAGGAACACGUGAUAAAGAAAUAUCUGCCUCCGAAACCGAACUUCGAAUUGAACUUGAAAAGAAAAGAAUUCGGUAGUAUAAUCGAAAAAUACGAGCAAACAAAACCAAAACCGAGUAAAAUACAAAUAGAUCAGGACAACAAUAAGCAAGUAUACGAAGAUAUAAAAUUUCAGCCUAAAAUGAUUACCGAAGAAUCUAGACGAACUUAUGGUAAAUCUGUCACGUUGGAUAACUUACGUAAAGAUAUAAAAACUAAUCCUGAACGACCAUCUGAAUUAUCUAAACUUAUUGUCGAAAUGGAGAAAAAACAUCUACCUGCGUCUGAAUCUAAACCGAAGGUGGAUAUUAUUCCUGAAACUGAUUAUUUGGCCGAAGCUGAAGUUGUGGAUAAAACUUAUGAGCAUUCGUUGUCUGAAAUAAACGACGGAUUUCCUUUACGGAUUAAGAUACCUAAAGACCAGUGGAAACGAAACAAACUGUAUCAAGUUAAAGAUCGAUUUUAUAAUGAUAACGGUCAUUUUUUGUACAGAGUUCCUGGACUUUUUAACUAAAUUAUCGGUACUGUGUGCUGUUAUUGAGUAAUUUCUGUGAUAUUAAGUAAGAGAGAAUUCUGCAGUUUAGUGUUAUUGAUGCGUAUGUUUUACAAUUUGAAUACAUGUUUUGUCUAAUAA